GAAAAAUGCUUGGUAUGUGCGGACGACAACAUCAUGAAAGGCGUCGAGUGUGUCGAACACUUCGAAAUUAAACCUGGAAUCAUUUCCUAUUCUCUAAUAACGGAUCCAUGGAUCUCAUACGACAACGUGCGAUACACGACGAGGAAGAAACGUCAAAUUUGAGCGUUUCAUUGGGGGAACCACGCAGUCGAUUGACGCCAAACACCCCCCGAGAUGAGAGGAAUGGUUUGCUCCGUAGUAGGUGGGACUGGCGAACGGUCUGCACCAGGACGUCGUAGAUCAAUGAACCGGACCGGAGGCUUGCUCGAUCGUCCAAGUGACUGGAUAGAUGUGUCACUACCUAUGCAAGAGAGAGGGCACACUGGCUUCAUUUAACAUAAACCGCCCGCUCAUGAUGCCGAUGUUUUAAACAGACUGUUUUUUUUUAGCCUACAUACCGCUUCCGACUUCUUCCGUGGAUCUGCGAUCUUGUCAGGAAAUAAAAUAUCUAUAACCUCCAGGAUGAUCUUUGCUAACACAGGCAACCCGCUGAAAACUGCCAAUCGCAAGCAGUCGUACCCCAUGACUCCGUCCAGUCCCAGCAGCAGCAGCAACAGCAGCAGCACAGGCCUGGAGCAGCUCAGCAAAACCAACCUGUACAUCCGUGGUCUGCCUCCUGCCACCACAGACCUGGACCUGGUCAAACUGUGUCACCAGUAUGGCAAGAUUCAGUCAGCAAAGGCGAUUUUGGACAAGACCACCAACAAAUGUAAAGGUUACGGCUUUGUGGACUUCGACAGCCCAGCGGCUGCUUUGAAGGCCGUGCAUGCUCUGAAAACCAGCGGCAUUCAAGCCCAGAUGGCCAAGCAACAGGAACAAGACCCGACAAACCUGUACAUCUCCAACUUGCCUUUGUCUGUGGAUGAGAAAGAGCUGGAGAACAUGCUACAGCCUUUCGGCCAAGUCGUGUCCACACGUAUCCUCCGAGACUACGGCGGAAACAGCCGAGGCGUGGGCUUCGCCAGGAUGGACACAACCGAGCAGUGUAACGCAGUGAUCUCACACUUCAACGGGAAAUUUAUUAAAAUCUCCUCCGGAGCUCUGGCUCCCUCUCAGCCCUUGUUGUGCAAGUUUGCAGACAGUCAAAGGAAGAAACAUGCUCACAGUGGAUUUGUUCCCAAUGGACAGACAGGAGAUCUCAGACUAAGUGCAAUGACUCUUACAUAUGAUCCCUCUUCAGCAGCUAUGCAUAAUGGGUACUAUCCAUGCCCAUAUCCAGUGACCAACAGGAUAAUGGCCGUGCAGCCGACCAUGUCUCCCUACAUGUCCCCUGUCUCUGCUUACCAGGUGCAGAGUCAUUCUUGGGUGGCACAUCAGCCAUAUAUCAUGCAGCACCCGGCCCCGGUGAUGUCUCCCUCUGUGGAUCCAUCCAUGCCAUUGCACCCUACAACCAUGAUUACUCAGCAGAUGGGUCAGCUGUCCAUAGGAAACACUGGAGCAUAUAUUGCAGCCAAUGCGGGGGUUCAAGGUGCUUACAUGCCACAGUAUACUUCCCUGCCCGCACCACCGGAAAACAGCACGCCCCAACAAGUGGAUUCUUCCAACAACUCGUCCCCUUACAGUCAACUCAGCAAGUAACCACAGGCUCUGUGACCACUGAGUGAGCCAGAGGGAGGUGGGAGGUGACUGAUGACAUCACCUCGAUAGCAAGCCCUCUCUGAUUGGACCAGACACACAAACUUUUUUGCACAGCCCCGACGCUUGUGUUGGAAAAACAAGGACAGUGAAAAUGCACUCAAGCAGUUGGCUAAUCACAAAAAAAUAAACAAAAAAUAGAUUUAUUUUGAUAAGAAACUACAUGCUCUUCAUAAUUUUCUUUUUUUUUUCAAGAAGGAUUAUCUAACACAAUUCCAGAGGACACCCACCCCACCCCCAUUAUCCAUAGUAUGAUGUGAUUUUAAAUGCAUGAGAUUGAGAUUUUUUCCCCCCCUUUCUAGUUUUUUAUGGUUUUAUUGUUACUUUAUGUGUGAUAAUACACAAUCCCAUGCAAAACCUUAUUUGCACUGACAUUUAAAGUUUUGGAAUCCACAGAAUCACGUGCUUAAAAACAGGUGACCAUGUUUUUAUUAGAACUUCAUGAAAUUAUUCUCAGAAAAGGUGCCUUCCUUAUGUCACGUCUAACAUCUUCUAACAUUAUUGAACUCAAUCAGGUGUCAUAUUUUCAUUCUAUUUCUAUCUGAUGGAUCCCAUGUGGUGUUUAAAGUCAUUGGGGAGUGUGUCGCUAUCUAGUCUUCUGGUAGCAAUAAUGACAAUGAGAGUCCCACUGCAAUACUUAGGGGAAAAAAAAACAAACAAUGACAAACUCAGAGCAAUGUAUUGCUUAUUUUUCUUCUCUUUGCUUUUUUUUAAACUGCCGAAAUUACAUGAAGCAAGAGCUGUGCUUUUAUGGAAUUACACCAAAUUUAUCAUCUUUUUAGGUGUAAUUUUGUUAUUUUGUUUCCUCUUGUGGUCAGCGUGACCUGUGAUCUACCUCAUGGUUCUGAGUCUGCUGGUGUUGUUGGGUUUGCAGGUAAAGCCCUUUGCACCAGAGUGGAUGAAACAGAACAAAAGCCACGCUCAGGAGCUGGCUAACUCGGACUUCAAGCGUUUGUCUCCCACAUGCAGCAAUUCUGUUACUCGCUUUUUUCAUCUUUAUUUGUCAUUGCUUGUGUUUGUGUUUUGUUUUUUUUUUAAGAAUGUGAGUAGUUUAGUUUUGAUGCUCCAUUUUAAAGAAUUACUUUGACUUAGUUGCUUAAAUAGCAGCAUUCUUCAACAAAUGAAUGCUGGCACCAUGCUUUUUUUUUAUUUUUUAUUUUUAGGUGAAUGUUUCUGCCUUUGUCAAUCUAUCAGAGCACUGCCCCUGAGCUUGUCUGUAAGGUCACUACUCUAGGUCAGACAGUUGCUAUGAAGCGCUCUAUAAGCUUUAUAGUACCAGAAUUGUUGGUCACUUGCUUAUGCAAAAAAAGAUUUGAAUGAGUGGCACUCUUUGAGAACUAAUUUUUAUGCAGUAUUUGAUUCAAAACUGCAAUUAGAAGUCACACGACUUCGUGGUCAGAUCUAGGUCGGUUGUUUGGUUUGGAAAAUAAUACAAUUCUACAAUAUGAAUUGGUGGCCAAAUGUGGAAAAAGAAUUGAUAAUUAUUGUUUGCUUCACUUUUCUCCUUAACUUGUUGAAAGAUGAACUUGACACUGCUAUGACACAUGACACAAGGUCAUAGCUAAAAGGUCACAGUGCUUCACACACUGUUAAAGUACUUCUUCAGAAAUGUAUGCAGAUACUACAGUAACCAAUAUUUUACUGGAAGUGAUUUCAUAUCCUGCAUUUAUUCCUGAGGUAAAAAAAAAAAAAAAGUUGUGUAAAUUUUUAUCCCCAUUGUUUGCCCCUUCACCCUGAACUGAUUCUCAAACAAUCAUCUCCUUGUUCUCUCCUUUGAAAACAUUUGAAACAGUGCUGAAUAAACUCUUCUCUUU